UUCAGGCUGUUUCUCAUCAUGGCGUACGCGCGUGUGCGUGUGUGCGCGUGUGCGCGUGUGCGCGUGCCGGUAAGGGUAGAUCCCGGGAGGUUAGUUGAUCGAAAGUAGAUCUUCGGUCCAAAAAGUUGGGGCACCCCUGAUUUAGAGUGUCCAAUUAGCAUACAGGUGCAUACUUUUGGAAUGUGGGAGAAAACCGGAGUACCCAGAGAAAGCGCUUUCACAACAGCUUCAGCUGUAACAAAGCGCCUUACAGAAGAUUUAACAUAAAAUAAUGACAUAGAACGAAUAACCUAAGACAUACAGUAUGUUGACUUGAUCUACAAGGGUUUUUCAAGGUUUUUCAAGGUAUGAGAUCUUCCGUCAAUUUUGGGUUUUGCAAGCUAAAAACUUGAGAUUCAAAUGCUGUGUGGUGCCUAUGCACUCGACUCAUUUCAACAACAGCAGCAGUUUGAUAGAUGGUGAACAAUUUCUACACACCAAAAAAAAAGAUGUUUAUUGUGGGAGGGUUUUUAAGACUUUUAAACCAAAUUAGCGUUUAUUUUUUAAUUCAAUGGUGUUCAAUCUCAUAUUCUCCAUGUCACACACAGAAUUGGGCUGAGAUGAAUAGAAAGUAACACACUACGUAUUUCUUUCUGCGACUUUGGAAAGAGCUUCAGGACACAACUCAGUCUGAGGCAUUUACAUAACGGACACACUAACUGGAAGUCAUAUACUGUAUCUCACAAAAGCUCCAGAGAGAAGAAAGACAAGUAAUGUUCUUUUAACUCAUUCACUCCCAAAGACGUUUUUAAACGUCUUUUCAGACUUGGUCCAGAAUUGGCUGGCACUGAAUGAGUUAAAAAGACAAUUGUCCGCAGCACUGUAUUUCGCCCUAUUUGGUUCAGCUGUACUCAAAUUCUCAAAGCUCGACCGAUUCUUGUUGCUUCGAUAUUUGGAUGAUGUAUUGUCCUGUUUUGUGUACGUUUUAUUCGGUAAUUUGCUUACAGUAAGUCUGCUUGAUGAGUUUCACCUUCAUUUCAACGAUUGAACAUUUUACUGAUACUAGAUUUCACAAACCAUUAUUGAGAGAUCAUUCAUUUUGUAUUGUCUGUGAAUAAAGACUAAUAUAACUGCCAUACCAAGAAGCCAAGAGAGGAGCUGAGCGACAGUAUAUCUGCAUGUUUGACGCAAUCGUGAAUCCCACGAUUUCCAGCCAGGUUGCGCCUAACUGCAUCCAGGCGAGAAAGCCUUAAAAGUACUUGAUUGUGGCAGUGUUAUCAUUAAUUGUAUUUAUUUUAUACAAAUGUGACACAUACAUAUUUUACAGUUACACCUUUUUGUAAACAAACCCUCAUUUGAAAACAAUCAAAAUGAAUGGAAGAGACCUGAUAUUGCUUAAAGAUUUUAUACAGUAAAGGAAACCAAAAAAAACAUGCAAAAUUUGAAUAAUUACAAUGUCUGUACAUCAACAAAAAUAGACGUGAAGAAGACAAAGAGAUAGUAAAACCCUACCAGACCUGAGGGUAUUAGCAUGCAGUUGCUUGAACAAGUCAAAUAAUUCCCUCUCUCUGUUUCCCCUCUCACCUUGUUUGUCUUGACACGCUCGUCUCAUGGGCCAGCGAGUUGCCCGACUGGUUCCCUGAGCCUGUUCAAACAGUGCCACGCCCUUCACUGCUCCAGGUGCAAGCGAGCAAGGCGCCCUGGGAGGCCACAAGGUAAGGUGGAGUGUAGGGGGCGGUCGGGGGGUUAUUAGCAACAGCAAAAAGGGGGUGGGGAGAGAAGAGAAAGAGAGCGUGUUGAAGAGCUCCGGAGGGACAUGCGGCUCUGAAGACUCCCACGGGGGCGACCAGCGUCUGACACUCUCCAGAUCGUGCACCUCGAGACGAAAGUGGCAAACCUGUUUCGAAGCUGCGCACGUGUCGUGUACCCGCAGACAUGGACGGCGUGUUGGACAGUGCGUCGGUGUUGUGCGUCUUCAAGCUUGUGUGCAACCUCCUGUGCCUGCCCUCGCUGGCGACAUCGCGCAGUCCCGUGGGAUUUUGCAGCUGCUGCAUCCUCAUCUUCACUGACUUCCUACUCACAGUUUACCUGAGCUUCCUGGGCCUCUUUGAGUCGUGGCUCGUCGAGCUCGUUCCACCGCCGGGCGUCAUCGCCCUGCGCUUCCUACUCUUCUUGAGCCACACCUAUGGCGCCAUGCUGAUACUCAUCACACCCCUUGUCGCUGUAGAGACCCUCGGCAAAUUCCUGUGGAAAACGGGAGAAGAAGAAGACGACGACGACGAGGAUGAAGGCAGGGAGGAAAAAGGUGGCUGGCAGUGUCACGCGAUCAGUUACCUGUGCUGUUUGUCGGUGUGGGUGGCGGUGGCGCUCAGCUUGCGCUGUGGAUGGAGGUUGGAGGAAGCCAGGGCAACGGCUUGUUUGGCUAGCGGCGGCUCUUUGAUGCGGUGCCUGCCCAACCUGCUGAGUCCCCUGCCCAGCGCGAUGCGCCCCUGCUGGAGUGUGGCUUUGCUCUACUUGAUCCUGAUCCUGCUCACCUGCUCGCUUCUUCUUCUCACACAAGUGAUGGCGAGCGACAGCCGACAAUGUUCGUCUAAGGAGACAGUUUGCAUGACGGCGCCCCUUCAGAUGCCGCGCAGGAAUGGGCGGAGGGGUUCAAAUUUGCCACUGGCCUUGCUGGCUGUGCUCGGCAUCCUGGUGCUUCCGCUUUACCUUGGUGUCAAUGUCCUCCUGCUAAGGAGCGUGGAGACCCUCCUGGAGGCCUGCAUCAGCUUCUUUUUGGCGUCGGUCUCGCGAGGCUCCAACACAGAUAUCGUCACGUUGGUGUGAAGCGAUCGCACGUCGAUUGGAAACGGAUUACGGGAUUAAGGGACAAUGUUUACAUGCGGGGACUAGAAUGCCGGUAAGAUGCUGACAAGGAAAGUUGAGGGCGGCUUGCUGGCUAAAGCCUUGGAAGAUUAUUGGUCACUUUGAGGACCACAACGUAAUGACACUGGUGUUCAGUAAUAAAAAUAUGAUUAGUAUCAUGCAGAACUUUGUUAGGUUGAUUGAAGAUUCUGAAUUGUAUAUACAUUUGACUGUGUGUGAAUGGUUGCUAGUCAAUAUGUUUCAUGUGAGAGGUUGGGGACCACUCUACCGUGUAUUGAAUAGUGUGAAGUCCUGCUCUGAGCAAUUGCACUCCCCCUCUCUCCAACAACUGCGUAUAGAUGCCACAAAAUGGUGGAAAAGCACUACUUUUAAUAGCUAACAUGGAACUCAUUUCAACAUAGUUGCUUUGCACCGAAGCAUUGGACUGACUAACUAAAGCUCCUUCCCUCACUUCAUCAUAGUCCAUCGGCACCAAGAUUCCACAAGAUGGUACCAAAACAUUGGACGAUCGAAAUGAAGCUCCUCUUCUACUUCAACAUAGUUCCUUGGCACCGAAGCAUUGGACUGACUAACCGAAGUUCCUCCCCCUCACUUCAUCAUAGUUCAUUGGCACCAAGAUUCUACAAGAUGGUACCAAAACAUUGGACGAUCGAAAUGAAGCUCCUCUUCUACUUCAACAUAGUUCCUUGGCACCAAGAUGGCUCCCAAGCAUUUGAUUGUCAAAAUGGAACACCUCUCCUCAAUUCAGCAAAGUUCCUAUGCACCAAGACCACUCCAAAGUAAAGGAUGGACUAAAUGAAGUUCCUCCACUCAGUACAACAUUGUUCCUUGGCACCAAGAUGCCACAAGGUGGCAUCAAAGCAUUGGACAGUCUAAAUUAAGCACAUUUCUUGACUCCAACAUAGUUUUGGGGCACCAAGGCAGUGUAAAGCAUUGGACCAAGUGAAUGUAGCUCCUCUUCUCACUUCAACAUACGUAGUUCCUUGACACGAAUAUGUCACGAGUUGACUACAAAGCACUACCACUCACUGAGACAGAUUGUCGAAAUGAAGCUCCUCUUUUUGCUUCAACAUAGUUCUUUGGCACCAAGCUGAACUUUAUUUGACAAUAAAGUUGUACUUGACUUGAAAGCUAACUGUGAUAGCAUAAUAGAAAGAGGAAGAAUGAAUAGCAAUGAUUAAAAAAAAACCCAAAAAAUCCAGUGAGGACAAAAAGGGAUAACCAGGACUAAUUGUUCUGAUGAUGUUUUUGACUGUUACAACAAUCCUAUCAGAAAAUAUAGAAAAAAAAGAAGGAGGAUGCGCUUAUCACGCUGGACGACUGAUUAGCACGUCCGCUUCACAGUGCAGAGUGCAGGGUUCCCUGCCUACGUCCCGAAGACAGCUCGGAUAGGCUCCAGCAUGAAAGUGGACCGAUGCGCUAAUUGUUCUGUUACAACUUCAAAUGAUACUGCUUUUGAAGAAAAACUCAAUUUAAAUAAUCAAUCAAAAGGUCACAAAAGAGAAUGCAGUCAGAACUUAAUUACAUCGAAAUCAAACACAGGCGACACUGAUUUGUCUGACAAAAGAAGGUGUGGCCAAUGCAAUCUGUUUACACACACUGUAACUUAGUGAGUCACAGGUGCGCAACCCCCCGCACCCUCCAAAAAAAGGGUGGGGGGUGGAUAAAACCAUAGCACAGCAGAUUAAAGACGAAAAAAAGUUAUACAAUACAAAAUUAAUGUCAAAGUAUAACAAUUAUUUGGAAAAAAAUAAGAAUAAAGUGUAAUCCAUGAUUUCAGAAAUUAGGAAAUGUAGUAUGAAAAAAAAUGAUAUUUCAAAAUAAAAUCAGACAUCAGUUUUAUUCAUUCAUUCAUUCAUCUUCCUAACCGCUUGAUCCUCACUAGGGUCGCGGGGGGUGCUGGAGCCUAUCCCAGCGGUCUCCGGGCAGUAGGCGGAGGACACCCUGAAUCGGUUGCCAGCCAAUCGCAGGGCACACAGAGACGAACAACCAUCCACGCUCACACUCACACCUACGGACAAUUUAGAGUGUUCAGUCAGCCUGCCAUGCAUAUUUUUUGGAAUGUGGGAGGAAACCGGAGCACCCGGAGAAAACCCACACAGGCCCGGGGAGAACAUGCAAACUCCACACAGGGAGGCAGGAGCUGGAAUCGAACCCGGUACCUCUGCACUGUGAAGCCAACGUGCUACCACUGGACUACCGGGCCGCCCAGUUUUAUUUUACACUUUUUUUUUUGCUUCAUAAAAAAGUGUAAACUGAUUGAGCAACACAGUUUACUAGUUGUUACUAGUGGUUAGCACACCCGCCUUACCCUUUUUGAGUCGAGGUUUGGAUCUCUACUGUGACCUUCCUGUGUGGAGUUUGCAUGUUCUUUGUGUCGCUCCAUCUAACCCAUGUUCAUUGAAGACUGCAGGUUUGAAUGUGAGUCUUGUUGACAUGUGACCUGUGAUUGACUGGCAACUAGCCCGCUCGGAGCGGUUCCAGCUCACCAGUUGACCUUAAUGAGGACUGAAGUGCUUUAAUAAAAUGGAUGGGUGACUGGUAUUUUUUGUAUUAAAUUUAUUUAAACAUGAA